GCUGCACAGCGCUACAAUUCUCCAGAUUAUAACCACAACUAUGAUAAAAAAAAUCCUCAAUGCCUUUUCAUUCCUGGAUAUAUCAUCCUCUUCGAAUAUAUUUAGAUUAGUUUUUUUGUUUUAAUUUGUAAGUUUUAUUUAGGCCUAUUUUUAGUUUUAGGUGAGCAUGUGCGUAAUUUUGCGAGGGUUGCCGAGGUGCCACCGGGACUGAGUUGGGCAAUAUGCGCCGCUGGGAUAUGAUUUUCAACCGAAAGGCUUAUGGAAUAUAGCCUGAUUUGCCACAGCCUGUAUGCCCUCUGGUCUAGCCCCGUGAAGAAGAAACUAAUACUGCUCAGCAUCAUGUUUUUAAUCUGGGUAUACAUGCUGUACUCCUGCGUGGGCUACUGCUCCACCAUGCCAAGUUUGGUGGUGGACAGUUACCGGGGCAAGGAGUCUGGUUCGGCGGUUGGCAGAAGGACAGAUAGCAGCAGGACGGACCUGGUGUCCAGACUGCUGGCCAAACCGCAGCCGUGGGAGGAUAUAGAGAGCGACUACGAGGAGCCGUCCAUCAGGACCGCCGCGUCCAGAGACCUGCUCAAUAACGAGCUGGAGACGGACAGAGGCGACGACUGGGACGAGAUGCGGGGCGAGCAGCAGAGAGCCCCGGAGCCAAGCGCCAUGUCCAGCUUCUCCAACGGCUCCGGGAGCAAGAAGCUGCCGCAGGCAAUCAUCAUCGGGGUAAAGAAAGGAGGGACCCGGGCUCUGCUGGAGUUUCUCCGCGUUCAUCCCGACAUCAGAGCCGUGGGAGCGGAGCCGCACUUCUUCGACCGCAACUAUGAGAACGGACUGGAGUGGUACAGGGAGCUGAUGCCCAAGACGCUGGAGGGUCAGAUCACCAUGGAGAAAACCCCCAGCUACUUUGUGACCAGAGAGGCUCCAGCGAGGAUAUCCGCCAUGUCCCGGGACACCAAGCUGAUUGUGGUAGUGAGGGACCCCGUCACUAGGGCUAUCUCAGACUACACACAGACACUGUCUAAGAAGCCUGACAUUCCCUCUUUUGAGAGCCUCACCUUCAAAAACAGGACUACGGGGCUCAUCGACACCUCUUGGAGCGCCAUCCAGAUCGGCAUCUAUGCCAAGCACCUGGACAACUGGCUGCAGUAUUUCCCCAUGGACCAGAUCCUCUUUGUGAGUGGCGAGCGUUUGAUCAGCGACCCGGCUGGAGAGCUGGGCCGUGUGCAGGACUUCCUGGGUCUCAAGAGGAUCAUCACAGACAAACACUUUUACUUCAACCAGACCAAGGGAUUCCCUUGCCUGAAGAAGGCAGAGGGCAGCAGUAAGCCCCACUGCCUGGGCAAAACCAAAGGGCGGACCCAUCCGAACAUUGACCCUGAGGUGGUGCAGAGGCUACGGGACUUCUACAGGCCCUUCAACAUGAAGUUCUACCAGAUGACAGGACAUAACUUUGGUUGGGAUUGAUGUGAAAAUCAUGAAAGACAUUUUUUGUUGAUUUGUUGAGAAGUUAUUUUUUUCCCUCUAUAAUUCAAUGGCAAGAUGUGGAGAUAUUGCUAUAUAUAUGUAAAAUGUACAGAAAUCUAUUUUAUAAUAAUUUAUUUUUAUUUCUAAGCAAUUAAUUCACUAAGCUGCCUAACCAUAUUUGUACAUAACAUCUGGCCCAUAUGUUGUUUUUAACAUUCCUCAUUUUAAUUUGAAUUCUCCCUUGUGGUCCUGUAAACUCAGUGGAUUUAUUGGUGCUUAUAAUGCAGAUAAUCAGCGAUGACUGAACUAGAAAUUAGUGUGGAAAGUGUAAAAGCACCAUAUUACGGGUACAGAGUGCUCACAGAGAAGUGGAGAACACAUAUCCAUGUGCAUCCUCAUUUAUAUGUGCAUCAUAACUUUACCUUAAUUUGUUUCAAACCCUGUCAUUUGGUGUGGCUCUUUCUAUAACGUGUUUCACUGCAACACAGACCUUCCAGUUAAGUUUUCUACAAUCCAAUUUUCCUGCACUGGCAUUGGCCUGAACUGCAUAUCUCAUGCCCCUUUCCACUCAAUAACAGGAAGAUCAAUAGGCCUAAUUGAUCUUCAUUGUGUCACUCAUGCUUAAAGUAUACAGCAGCCCUUUCAUUCUCAGUGCUCCUGCUGCCUGCUCUAAUGAAUGGCCCAUCCAUCAAAUGUUAAAUCCUAUCCCCAACCACAUAAGGGCCCAUGUUAACAUUAUGCUAAUUGGGUAAAGGUAACUGGCAGUUCGAUCGAGCCUCCUCUCUCUAACUCCCCAUUAGAAACAGUGUUGGCUGAGAGCCAGGCUCUUGCCCUAUCCACUCAGUUCAAAGGUCACACAAAGUCUCAAUCAAAUUUCCUUGAGAGGCAUUUGAUUUGUUGAUGGAAACAGAGCUGAAACACUCAGGGGAGAGUGCCUUGUUUUCACAUGAGAUGGAAAAUCUUUGCGUGAGGUAGCAGAGGUAUAUCUGUCAGAAAUCAAGCAUAAAGACAGAAGAGAUGACAGACAAACAACAAGUAGGCCUCGCCUCACUGAAAUUGCGUGUCUUCAAACAGAAGUCCACCAGGCCCCAUCUUAGAUCCCAGACUAAAUAGAUCAAAGGAAGAGGAAAGGUUUCUGUGAAGCACUCUGAGCAGAGCAACAAUUGCCUCAGGCAGGGUUCAGUGUCUAAACUCUCUAGUGUCAUCAGAAAACCUCAUGUGCCAUCGUGCAUGGCCUAUAUACUUUAUGCCUUAUUCACUCUCCUCAUCCUCACACAUCUCAUCUCUCCACAACAGAUCUCAACUCUCUACUUGUUGCCAAAAAAAAAAACAACCUUUGGGUUGAUAUCAUGUUACACACAGCUUGAGUCCCUAUCUCUGCUUUUUCCCUGCAUUGCUUCUCUGUUUUUGUCUUUCUACUUGAAUUCUUGAUAUGCAAGAGGGAGAAAAUGCGUAGUUAUCAUUCUUUGAUGUGCCGCCCCAUCUCUUCGCAGCGGGUUGUACACUAUUAUAAGGGCACAGGGAGGUGGCCGUGCUAUGCGAUGUUAUGCUGUGCUACGCUAUGCUAUGCAUGCUCAAUGUGAUGGCCAUUAUGAAAAUGCAGGAAUAAUGGGAAGGGAUUAUUAGCGUCCAGAGGAGGGCUUCAUGUCUUUAAGAAGGGCCCAGAUUGAAUGUACACAACCUAUCCUCAUACAAAAGUCCCUCAAAUCAAAUUUAAAGGUCAGAUGGUCACUCACUUUUAGUUAAAAGUUCAAUUUCAAUUGUCCCCUUUUCCCUUUGAAGUUACGAAAAUGUGCCUGUUUAACUAUCCUAGCCAACAGAGCCCUGCCCCUGUCAUUAAAACAGAUAAUGACCCUAAUUCAGCUAUUUCUCGUAUUUUCCAGUUGAGACCAGUUGUCUGGUUCAGCCUCAAAGCAAUGGUUGGUAGCAGGGGAGAUGGAGGCUUGUUACACUGUAUUUUUUGUAAUGCUGUCCUUUACUUUCACUCUGCCAGAGCAAGAUACCCCUAGUGAGAAUUUAUGUGUAGAAAGCCUUUGUCCCCCCUUCUCUCUUUAGUGCAAUGUUUGAUUAUAAAAAAAAAGCAUUUAUGAUGACCUCUCUUGGCAAGCUGUCACAUUCUGGAAGGAAAGUCCGACAUUUUCCCUGUAACUGAUGGAGUACUGCAUUUGAAUUCUGGUCAAGUUCAUGUAACUGAGGGAAUAUUUGAUAAAACAAAAACAACUGGCACUCAUGGAUUUACUCCAUGUUGUUGCAUUGGUUAUGGUUGAGUUUUAUUCAACCUGUUUUGAGAUCUAAAAAUGUUAAAAAUGUUUGUCUUACCCACAUAUAAUAUGUAUUUAGACUAGCAAAUCUGUAUGUACAAAAAUGAAAAAGACAUGUAAA